UUUUCAUCCAAUGAUCUCUCCUAUAUCCGGAAUUACAAAAGAUUGCCUGGUUUUACUAAAAUGGCAUGGUACCAAACAUUCUUGGUGACAUUGGUUGGAAUCUUGUUGGUUAUCAAAUGCACUCCAAAUGCUGAUUGUAGUAUUGAUCCCUCAUCAAUAACUGAAAGACCCAACGAAGAUGUAGUAUUGCGCUGUACCUGCAGAAAUGUCGAUGUAACUGCAUAUUCAAUUGAGUGGUGUCUGCAGCAACAAUGUCCUCUUCAAUCAAAUGCAGAUUACUCCACAGUGGUAACGUCAGUGGACGCCCAGGAGAAAUACAGUAUCCUGACAGUGAUAUAUGCACAAAUAGAUGAUUCCCAUACAUAUUAUUGUGAGGUGAAUGGUACAAUUGUUGCACAGGCAGAUAUUAACAUUGUUGAAGUUCCAGUCACAGAUUUAUUACCAGACGAUGCAAGUAUUACCUAUGGAGAAAGUACCAAUCUUACUUGCGAACUACGAGACAGUAAUGACCAACUUGUUAAUGCGACUGGACCAGUAAUAUGGAGAAAAAACAAUAUGAAAAUCAUUGCAGAUGUUGAUAAUGAUGGAGAAGUAGAUCUUCAUUUGACUGAUAACCAACUAAUGAUAAUCGACGCUGAAUCGGCUGAUGGUGGUGUCUACUCCUGUGGACUUGAUAAUCAAAUCCUUCCAGUUAAAGACGAAGUAGUCAUAGAAACUGCUGCAAAGAUAAACAAGAAUUAUUCAGUUAAAGCCACGGUUGGGUCGAAAGUUACUCUAACUUGUUCAGCCACAGGUUAUCCACUGGCAAGUCUCCUGUGGAAGGAUCACUCAGGCUCUGAAGAAACAGACUUGUUAUCUAGCAAAUCCACAUCUUCACUCGUGUUUCCAAGUGUUAAGAAAUCAGAUGAUGGGAUAUAUCAGUGCUCAGCAACCAAUGGGAUUGGUGAAACUGAAAACACAUACAUUACAUUGAGCAUAGAUUCAUCUGUGUGGAGAGUUUCACCAUCAGCCUGGACCAGCAUCUUCUCUCUCAUCAUAAUGUAUGCCUGCAUUAACUAUAUUUCGCUUACCAGUAACUAAGUCUAUACAUGGUUUAUCAUUGUAAACAACUGUUUUGAUGGGCCUAAAGUGUAUGGAAUUGCAAGAGGUCCGACUGCCCUGAUUUUGUAUGCACGCAAUAAACUAAUACUACCACAAGAUAGGGGGCACCCUAUUUAUGAAUGCCCUUUACGCUCUUUUAAAGGAUGCCCUCUACUUCUGCUAGUACUUUUUUUGAAAUAGGAUUGCGUUCCAACGAAACGCUAAUGCCCGUAUUCUUAAAACAAACUUUAGUCGGAACUUCGAACUAGAACUUAAUUUAGUGCUAGUUGCAACUUCAACUUCAAUUUGUAUUCACAAACAACGUAGUCGAAGUUUUAACUACGACUAAAUCAAGUCCUAGUUGUAGUUCAACUGAAAACGACUGGUAAGCCAUGACUACCAAACUAACCAAUGAAAAAAGAACUAACUUUAAUAGCAGACGAAAUUUUAAAGAUCCGGUAACAUAGAUGAAUAUUAAGCUGCCGUCUGUGGUUCAAAAACGUAUUUCCUCAUAAUUCAUAAU